AUGUGGCAGCUUCCCGCUCUAAAUGGAGCGCUCCGGGCGGCUGCCUGGGUUGGCUUUGCUCUGGCUGGGGAGGAGGAGGAAGAGGAGGGUUUGUUGCUGGGGCCCAGGGUGGUUUCAGGGACCCUCAGAGUGCGGUGCUCCCUUGGCAGAGCUGUGUUUUCCUUGGGCAGCCCCACUGCUGGGUCCUGUGAGCUGUGCUUCUCUGCCUCUUUCCCUGCUUGCUUCCCUGUCUGUGCCGGGCUGGAGGGGGCUCUUGCUGGAGCAGGGGUGAUGCAGGAGUUGGUGGCUGGUGUGGAGAAGAUCAGGUUUGACCUGGAGGCUGAUGUGGAGCAGCAGAGAGGAGCUCGGCCCCUGCGCUUCCCAGGGGUGGACAGAGUGCAGGGCCCCUCCAGGGACAGAGGCAGGGCCAAGCCCGUGGUGUGCAGGCACUGGCUGCGGGGGCUCUGCAAGAGAGGCGACGGCUGCGACUUCCUGCACGAGCACGACGCCAGCAGGAUGCCCGAGUGCUAUUUCUACACCAAGUUUGGCGAGUGCAGCGACAAGGACUGUCCCUUCCUGCACGCUGAUGCCACCCCCAGCACCAUGGGCUGUCCCUGGUACGACCGCGGGUUCUGCAGGCACGGUCCCCGGUGCAAGUACAAGCACACCCGGAGGGUGAUGUGUGCCAACUACCUGGUGGGGUUCUGCCCAGAGGGACCCAAGUGCAAGUUCGUGCACCUCAAGGCCGGGCUGAUGACGAGCAGCACAGAGCCAUCCAAGGUGAAGCCCUUUCCUCUGUGCACUGGGGUGAUGCUCCAGCUGCCCCACAGCUCCCGUGGGGCAGCAGCUGCCACCUGCCCCUCCAUUUCCCCCAGGAAGCUGGCUGUGCAUGGCCCCUGGUACAGCGGGAUCUGGCUGCCAGGGAGGAGAGGGGAGCCCAGGACAUGGCACCCACAGAGCCACCUCCACGAGUCACCCAGCACCUGGCAGCGCAUCUGUGGGACAUCAGUGGCUGCCCUCCAGCCCCACAGAGCCUGCUGGAACGAGGCACCUGCUCCAAGGUGA